AGCGAUUCCUGUAUUUUGUUCCCAAGAGUCAAGAUGGCGGACACCAUCGAUAAACACGUUUUGUCGACGUCUCAACAAGAAGAAACGUCAGAGAAACCUGAAAAUGGGGGCGAAGACGAAGAGGAGGAAAUGGAGGAGGGAGAGGGAGAAGAAUCGUCGUCUAGUGAUGAUGACGAUUUGGAAGAUUCCGCUAUUGAAGAGCUGGAAUCUCAGAUCUCGUCCAACCCAUAUGAGUACAAUUGUCACAUUGAACUGAUCAAACUGCUGCGGAAGGUCGGGGAGUUGGACAGACUACGCCAGGCCAACCAGCGUAUGAGUGACUUGUUCCCUUUAACUGCAGAGCUGUGGCUGGAUUGGAUUAAAGAUGAAAUCAGCCUGGUUGCUACUCCGGAUGAUAGAGAAAAGGUCCUUGAACUCUUUGAGAAGGCUGUCCAGGAUUAUGUGUCUCCAGAUGUGUGGCUUGAGUAUUGUCAGUUCAGUAUCGGCGGUAUCGGCACAGCGGAAGGCACCGAGAAGGCUCGCCAGGUCUUUGAGCAAGCCAUCACUGCUGUUGGUUUACACGUUGCCAGGGGUAACGAAGUAUGGGAAGUGUAUCGGGAGUUUGAGAACGCUUUGCUCCGGAGCAUGCAGAUGCAGCAAGGAGCUACAGUGUCCUCGGAGGACAAGAAAAUUACAGAUCAGCUGGAGAGGGUAUCGGCUAUCUUCAGGAGACAGCUGUCGGUACCACUCAUGGACAUGGAAGAAACCUACCAGGAGUAUGUGAGCUGGCUCAGUGAACCUGUCUCUCAGAAUGUCAAGCAGAGGUACGCGAAAGCUGUAGCCAAGCUCAAGAAUUGUCACCCCCAUGAACAACAGCUGUUGAAAGCAGAGCCUCCAAAUCACGAAGUCUACCGAGCUUACUUGGAGUAUGAGAAGUCGGAGGGCAACCCAGCACGCAUCCAGUGUCUGUACGAGCGUGCGUUGACAGAUAACUGCCUGCAGAUUGAGCUGUGGAAGGACUACACGAAGUACCUGGAUGCCAAGCUGCAGAUUAAGAGUGUUGUUCUGCCCGUGUAUGCCAGGGCAGUCAGGAACUGUCCUUGGUCCUCGGAGCUCUGGGUAGGUUAUCUAGUGGACCUGGAGAGAUACCAGCAACCACACAGUACUAUCACUGAAACAUUUGAGAAGGCACUCAGUGCCGGAUUCUCGUCAGCCACAGAAUACCUUCAGCUGUGGCAAACACACAUUGACUACCUGAGGAGGAGAAUAGACUGGAGCUCAGAGCAUGAAGAGGAGUUAUCACAGCUGAGGACAACGCUGGAUAGAGCAGGGGAACAUUUAGCAACCUAUUUCAGUACGGAUGGGGACCCAACCUGUAGCCUUCAACAGUACUCAGCAAGAAUGGAGGCCAAGCAUUGUAGCAACAUGGAAGCAGCCAGGACACAGUGGAAUGAGAUCAUGGCUCUAGGCCAUGGCAACCAAGCCCAGAUGUGGCUGGAAUACUUCAACCUUGAACGAUCCUAUGGAGAUCCCAAACACUGUCGGAAAAUCCUCCACCGUGCCAUCACCGCGGUCAGCGAUUACCCAGAAUGCCUGUUUGAGGCGCUGAUCAACUUUGAGCGGGAGGAAGGCACGUUUGAGACUUGGGAGGGCGCCCUCAAGAGGGUGGAGACGCAGAUGGUCAGGGUCAACGCGAUGAGGGCAAAGCAAGCAACCAAAGAUGAACAGAACGCCGUCAAAGAAGCAAACAGAAAGCCAGCAGCAGCCAAGUUAAAAGGAAAGAUUUCUUUUCAGCAAAGAGUACCAGAUGACAGAAGGGAAGACAGAAAUUCCAAAGCAGUCAAGAGAAAACAUCCAGAUGACAGACCCAAGAAAGCUGUCACAUUCCUCGCCGCCGGCGACUCCCCCAAAUCCCAGGAUGGAGCAGAUGUCUUCAAGAUGCCCCUCCCUCCUCCUCCCCAGCAACCCACAUCAGUGACCUCCCCAACAAGGUCACCUGGAGGUCAGCAGGGACCGACUCCGCCAAAACAAGCCAAAGCUAGCCCAGCCCCACCCAAGAAAACAAAAGUGGAGGAGCCUUACAGCCAAUCACAGCCAGGCGUGAGAUGGGGCCCGCCCCCUAAGGAGAGACCCUCCCCCCACAACUCCAGCAAAGAUCACCUGACUGUAUUCGUCAAGAACCUCGUCUACGAGAUGACCGAGAAAAAGAUUAGGAACAUCUUCGUUGAGUGUGGUGAAAUCGCAGAGGUCAGAAUGGUACAGAAUUAUAGUCACCAGUUCCGAGGCUACUGCUACGUUGAGUUCAAGGAAGAGAGUUCUGUUGAGAAAGCCUUGGAGAUGGACAGACAGUUUGUGGAGGGUCGGCCGAUGUACGUGGAUAGAUCAGUGGACAGAAGUACCGAAGAGGCUAAGAAGAAAUUCCAAUAUGAUAUGAAGAUGGAGAAGAAUAAGCUCUUUGUGUCUGGAUUACCACGCUCAGCUACCGAUGAACAGCUACAGAAGCUCUUUGGUCAGUACGGCAAGGUAACCAACAUCAGAAUUGUGACCUAUCGUAGUGGGGUGCCCAAAGGCCUGGCAUAUGUCGACUUCGAACAAGAGGCUGAUGCAGCCCGAGCCCUAGUAGGAGUAGACCAGACCGUCAUGGAAGGAUUCACCAUCAACGUUGCCAUUAGCAACCCACCGACGAGGAAACCAAAGAAAGAGGAGGGGGCGAGUGAAGUCAAGGAGAGUCCGUAUCCUCCCAAGUCACUCGGAGCAAAGGGCGUCGUUGGUCCCCGAGGGAAAGGUCGCACUCAGCUGUCGCUGGUACCGAGAGCUCUACAGAGGGCACCGGUACCCAAGAGCCAAGGCCCAAAGACAGUGGGUAAACAAGAAGGGGUGACAAGCCAGGUGACAGAAGGGGUGACAGUAGGGGUGACGGAAGGGCAGCCACAAGCCAAGCCUGCAGGACGCAUGAGCAAUGCCGACUUUGCCAAAAUGCUGCUGAAGAAAUGAACUUACAUGUUGCCAAAUUGCUGGACUUUUUUUUCAGCUUUAUUUAGAGUUCACAAGUGAAAGCCAUCUGUGAAAAAGGCCAGGUGAAAAAGCAAAA